UCUGCGGAUGUCCUCCCCAGCUUAUAAAUACCACACCCAGGAGGUCCAUAGUGACUAGUGACCAAAGUUAGUUUCCCAGUCUGUGAGUCGGUGGGCACUAAGGGCGGGAUUACACUUCCUACGUAGGCUCUCCAUAAAAGGAAUCUGCCCCUAGGUCUGUCGAAGAUGCUUACUGUUGAGACUGGCUGCUGAACGCCUCAUGGUGAAUGUGUAACUGGCAGAAAAUCCUACACCUCUCAGCCAUGCUGUCUGUCUCUCAUUAACAAAGGCCCUACGCAAUACAAGCCUUACUGGCAGCAGAUAGAAUAGGCCGACACACUUCACCGAGUCACAGGAUAUUUUAAUCGGCACGCCAACUUUUUGAUCUCUGUGUGAUGUUGCGUGUCCUCACUCUCUGAGGUUAUAAAGUUGGCUGAAAGUUUUCUUAGUGGUGUGUAUAAGUGUGGAUGUGUAUAUUGUUUGUUCCGGAACCACAUGUCUUCAAUUGGAUAUUUAUAUCUCAUUCUGAUAUUCUUGUGCUGAAGAAGAGCAGGGUCACCUAUUAUGCAGAAGAAGUAUGCCUGCGUUAAGUACGUACACUCACGGGUAACUGUGUAUUACACAAGUAAAAUUGAGCUUAAGUGGCGGAGAUCACUACAUAGUUGUGCUGUGUGUGAUGUUGCUCAACUGAAGAAGUUGGGCUUACCCUGUGGAGCUAUACAUUAUGGGAUAUGUACAGCUGUUGCACUACCCUUCCCUCUCAACCUUGUCAACUGUAAAAAACCCACAGGCACACCAGCAAAGAAGCCGAUCCAGAGAGUUCAGCCUAAAGUCAUCUCACAGCCGGCUGUGUCAAAUGCGAAGGAAGAUAGUCUGCAGAGCAUAUUACGAGAUGAGUGUCCUCAAGAGAAAGAAAAAGAGCCAAACAGCCAUCCAGUCAUUGUGCCCCACUCCACAGAGGACAAGGAAAAUAAGCCCAAGAGGCGGGACUUGCCAACACCAAGGACUAGUGUUCACAGUAGUGCCAAUAUUCCCAAAUUUUAUUUCCCAAUGGGACGACCACCCAAAAUUGACAACACAGACUCUGUAUUACAGAAAGUGGCUCAGGAAUUCUCUAACUUGGAAGGUGGAAAAGCUUACAAGCAACAAAUGGGCCUUAUAGCAAAGGCUUGUGGUGUUCCGUUCUACUGGAAGUGCCCGCUGUUCCGAGGAUCAGGGGGAGAUAAGCAGGGAUAUAUUACCUACCAGAUGUUUGCCUCUAUGUGGAAGAAGCUGAUGGAGAGUUAUCAUGAUGAGGCGUCACGGUUUGUCAAACUCCUGGCAAAACCCAACUGUAACUACCUUGAUGAUGACGACCUUGUGCCUCUUGUACAGGAUGUAGUAGAAUCUCACCCAGGGCUUAGUUUCCUCCAAGAAGCUCCAGAAUUCCAUUCUAGAUAUAUAAAUACGGUGAUAGCACGAAUGUUCUUCAGCAUCAACCGGUUGUGGACAGGGCGGGUAACGGUACAGGAGAUACGUCAAAGUAAUCUACUUAGGACAUUAGCUUUACUUGAGGAUGAGGAAGACAUUAAUCAGAUAACUGAUUUCUUCUCCUACGAACAUUUCUAUGUGAUCUACUGUAAGUUUUGGGAGCUGGAUAAGGAUCAUGACUUGUUCAUAGACCGGGGAGAUCUCGCCAGACACAAUGACCAUGCGUUAUCGUCUCGGGUGAUAGACAGGAUAUUCUCAGGGGCAGUGACAAGGGGUGAGAACUUCAAAGUCGGUCGAAUGAGUUAUCCAGAGUUUGUGUGGUUUCUGAUUGCGGAGGAGGACAAGAGACACCCAACCAGUGUGGAGUACUGGUUCCGCUGCAUGGACCUGGACGGGGACGGAGUUAUCUCCAUGUACGAGAUGGAGUACUUCUAUGAGGAACAGAUGCAGAAGAUGGAGGCAAUAGGAAUUGAGAAAUUACCAUUUGAAGACUGUCUGUGUCAGAUGCUGGAUCUUGUUCGACCAAAACACAAAGAACAGAUAACCCUGAGUGACCUCAAGUCAUGUAAGAUGACAAACAUUUUCUUUGACACAUUCUUCAACCUUGACAAGUUCCUGGAACAUGAACAAAGAGACCCGUUUGCUAAUGUGAGGGACCCUGAGACUGAUGGGCCAGAACCGUCAGAUUGGGAGAAGUACGCUGCUGAGGAAUAUGAGAUUCUUGUAGCAGAGGAAGGGGCCAAUGAACAAGAAGAAAUCUGGUAUAGGGAUUUUCAGCGCAGACAUUAUGAGGAUGACUUUGAACCUGAUGAUGACGACAGUCUAGGAGAGGAAAUAAUUCGUCUGGCUGAUGUACCACAGCGUAAAUCCUCGCCAGUUGUACGACAGAACCCAGCAGAUGAUAUUUAUGAUUUUAGUACAAAAAACCUUGGAUAUUGACAAUCAAAGGGAGAUGACUCUUGUUUAUGGCAUACAUGCAGUCAGAGCUGUGUGUACAGCACAAUCAAAGGGGGAAUUCAUCGCUGAUCCUAGUCCAGUCUGAGUCACAAUGUUUCUAUCAUAAUGGGCAUACUUCUGGUCUAACAUGCAUUUUCAGUUUCAGAGAAUCAACAGUUUAUAUAUCAGAGUUUGUAUUCACGCAUGUGAUAAUCAAGGCAUAUUUUCCCUGCAUAUAGAAGGGGGAUGUUCAUUAUGGCACCUUGUAAAGGUACACAUGAUACACACAGAGACAUUCAAGCUUUAUAUUUGCAUGUUCAACAAGGUUUUGGAAAGCUUUAACAAAUGUAGCAUCUACAAAUAGCUAGACCAUGGGCAGACCAUGACUGUUUCCUGUUUAUAUCUUAGUCCUGCUGAAACACAGUGUACAGGCAGUUUACUCUAUGAAGUAUGUGUAGAUACUGUAGAUACAGUGAAUGAAAUCAUUUGAUCUUUCCAUGUUAUUUUGUGUGAAUGACACAAAGAGUCAAAGCAAUCAAGAAAUCCGUCCCCUACAGAGGUGCUGCAAACUCCUGUCAUGAAGCAGUAAAGUGACAGUGUUGUCUCCAGACAGCAAUGACCUGAAACGUGUAUGAUACAUGCUGGUUUGACAGGGAUAAGGUGUGAAUAUGCCACAAUCAGCCAGUAUUUAGCAGCUAUAGUGGUGUGAUAAUGUCAAGGGACAUAACUCGCGACAAACAGAUCACUGGAACAAGACAUUUGGUUUGUUGUUAUUCAUGGGUGUUAGGUGACAAUUUAUUUGUUCUGUUUCUCAUUAUUGUUAGCUAGAGGGUCGUAGCUCUUUUGUUUGGUGGGGUGGUGGGGUAGCCUAAUGGUUAAAGCGUUGGCUCGUCACGCCGAAGACCCGGGUUCGAAUCCCCACAUGGGUACAAUGUGUGAAGCCCAUUUCUGGUGUCCCCCGCCGUGAUGUUGCUGGAAUAUUGCUAAAAGCGGUGUAAAACCGAACUCAGUCAGUCAGUCUUUUGUUUGGUGAUGAUUUUAUGUGAAGCACAUUGGCUUAGGUGUACCUCAGGUGUCACUGAGUGGAUGUAGGUACACACCAAAUUGUCAGAACGAAUGAAGCAACCUCAUUGUUUUUAUUACUGAUUCUUGUUCUUUAGUCCCAUGAUGCUUUUGUGGUACUGUCACCAAUCAAAGAAGCUAUGCUUUUCAUUUUGCUAUAGGGCACUAAUAUCGUUUGAAGCGGUAUCUUGUACUAUGAGAAUAUCUGUUAUGUAUCUUGCACCUGACUGGAUUUCCAGAAUGGUGGUCAGCGUAUGGUUUUCUUCCUUCAACACAGAGUAUUGUUCAGUAAAAAUGAGACACUGUGCUGUAGGCAUGGUGCAUAUAUCUACUUUGAGUUACUGUUCCAGUGGUGUGCAUGGAGUAAAUUAUGCAAGCACGGAAUCAUGGCCCAUGCAUGCUGUCUACUAAGCUCUUAGCCUUGUUAUACAAAUAUUGAUAGUUGUUGUUUGUUGAUGUUUUCAGUUAAUAUUCAGAGCAGAACCAUUCUGACAUCUUCUGCCAGACAACAAUCACCCAGGCAACCUAAUUAUUCUUUUGAAGCAUGAUGCGUUCUGCCAUGUUACAAUUUCCAUAUGGAAGGACACAGACUGCUAUAUCCACCAAGGUCCUGACCCACAGGAUGCUCUGAGGUUAUGCCCCAGUAGCCAGUGUUAGCUGCAGGGCUCACACACACACACACACACACACACACACACACACACACACACACACACCCCGCGUCACAUACUGCUUUAUCCACCAGGAUCCUGACCCACCAGGACGGUAUGAGGUUGUGCCCCAGAAGCCAGUGUUAGCUGUAGUGCUGACUCCCCUUUCCCUCUGAAAGUGAGGAGUAUCAUCAUGAAGACCACAAAUCAGUCCUAUCUCAGGGAGAGUGUGAUGUGGUGCAUGUUUUGUGUUGUGUUGUCUUCCUUGUAGUUCCUGCUCCCACCUUUAUUACAGUUGGUAGUCACAAGGCAAUGAACUCCUCUUUUAGCCUAAGUGUUUCUUAAUGGUUACUAAUAUUUGAAAGCAUUUAUAACUUAUAGUUGUAAACGACAUAUUUGUAGUAACCAAGUAUUGUUUCUUAAAUAUGUUACUUCAAAAUAUGUUCAGAUAUGGACUGCUCCCAUUACUUAGCAGAAUCCUCACUUCAAAUUCGGAAUAAUGGCUUUGAGUUUGCUUUCACAAAAUAUUUGUCAGUGUUCUGUUGUUUGUUAUGAGCAUUUUGCCAACUGUAAACUGAUAAGCCAGUUGUAACGAUUAAAGUGGGUGUUUUGUUGGCACAGUUGUGGCCACAGCAGCUGCUCACUUAGAAACUUUCACAUGACACGGGGAUUGAGUCAUGUGUCCAUAGCAAGUUGACUUCAUGCUUGUUUUGAUCCCUUGACACAACCCCUUACUACGCAGUUUGUGGGUGAUCCCGCUUUUCAGUGGGUCAAACAUAUAAAACACAUCAUCUAUUUCAUACCUAUUUGUGAAAGUUCAUAAGCAGCAUUCCAUGCUAAAUGCAGAGUUUAGCAUGAAAAUUAAGUCGUAAUAUGUUGAAAUGAUAAAUAAUUCUUUUUUUUUGGUUAACAAAAAAUUCACUUGUAAAAAAUUGAUUGUGUGAGGUAUUUUUUGCUUUUUGCAUGGAAGUUAGCUCAAUUUGAUCACAGAAAGCUCUGGAACUAUGGCUUAUCACAUCAGGUAGUAUAUACGUAGAUGUGAUGUGGGUGGACAUGUGGGACUAGAGGCUGGCAGCAUGUGGUUCACACAAAGGGAGUGGUCAAUAUGCUCACAGCAAAUGACUUCAUUCCCUGGUAGUGCGAGUUACUCUUCAGUAGCCAUCUGUUGCUGUGCAAUUUGAGUUUUCAAUGCUGCACAAGGUCUAAGUAUAACAGCACCACCAGUGCCAUAUACAGCCUCCAACAGAAGUUAUUUUAUGUCAAACUCAUUGUUGAGUAUGUACACAAGCACCUGUUUCAUGGUUAACUGACCAUUCAAGAUAUUUGUUUUCAUGAAGUACAGAAGUUUUAAUAAUAAGUACUUAGCCUUUCCUAAAGUAACUCUGAAAGAUCUGCAAAAACUUGUUUGCUUUUGAUCACCUAGUUGCCAUGGACACUGUAUGUACUAAGCAGUAACUAUUCCUGUAACCAUGUUGACACUAGGAGUUACACAUUGCAUGAAUCAGUAGGAUGUUAUCAGCUGCUAGUACGGUGUUCACCACCUUGUAUAUAUUGUAUAGUCAUUGAGUGCUGCAUUUAACACUGUCAUAAUUUAUUGAAUGAAUGUGUAAUUGUCUUAUUGAUGUCAUGUGACAUGAUGCCAUACACAUUGUAUUUAUUGUCGCCAACAGAAUCAAUUCAUGUGUAGAUAUACACCCAUUAAAUGGGAUAUAAACAAA